AUGCCAUCCUCGCGUCGUAAGCAACGGAAGCAACGUAAGCAUCCUUAUCGCCGUCUUCACCUGCCCGACAAUGCACCAUUCGAGCUGAAGCCAUCCCCAGGAAAGGGAUGGGGUGCCUUUGCCACAAGACCUAUCAAGACAGGAGAAGUAAUUCUUCAAGAGAGUCCUUAUUUCGCCGUGCCUCAUUUCACCGUGCCGUAUGUUGUUGAAGAUGCGACAAGACUCCGGCUCGCGAUGGCGUUGGGCUUUUGGAGACUCACAGCAGAUCAGUUGCAGCAGUUUAAUCUGCUGCGCAAACAUGAAUCUGCGCAGUUCCCAGAUAAUGUUACCGCCCUCUGCAAUUCGUUCACCCUUGAUGCAGUUGACGGUGAGCAUCAAAACCGUGGUAUCUUUCCCCUUCAAUCGCGGUUCCACCAUUCUUGUGUGCCCAACUCGAGGGUCUCGCCCUCGGGCGAACAGCAACGCUCUCUGUCAAGAAUUGCGACCCGCGAUAUUAGCCAGGGGGAGGAAAUCACCUUCUGCUACUUGCCCUUGUUGGAGUACAACACGAGGCGUGAGCGGCAAUUGGCGCUGGUGGAGCUUGUGUGCAAAUGCGAAGCAUGCCUCCCGGGAACGCCGUUCCAGGAGGCCAGUGACAUGCGCAGACGGCUCCUGCACGGACUGCACUACUUUCUCACCGGGAGGGAUAUCGAUGGCAAGAAGCUGUCGGAUGAUUCCUCCCCCAUAAUCUUCCCUGAGCUCAAGCGGGCUGCGGAGAAUCGCGAAAUAACUCGGCCAUAA